AUGAAGCACCUCAAAGUUGCCAUCGGGGUGAUCGCCCUCGUGAUUACUCAAACGGCUGCCGUUCCUCAGGCUAGUAUUGCUGCUGAGAAUACUCUCUGCGGUCCUGGUCUCGGAAGUUGUGUUGGGGGAUGCUGCUCUGAGUUUGGUCAUUGUGGUACUACCACGCAAUACUGCUCAGGAUCGCAAUGCCAGCUCGACUACAGCGACUCCUGCGACACACAAGUCGGCCCUGGUGGAAGAAGCACUGAAAGCAUCGAUCGGCCUUUCUUUGGCGACGUCCCAUACGCGGAGACUAUCACUGAGUGUGACUCUCCGGGUCUUGUUGCUUUGACAUUCGAUGACGGACCCUACGAGUACACGAACCAGCUGCUUGAUCUCCUCGACGAAUACAAAGUCAAGGCCACAUUCUUCAUAGCCGGACACAACAGAGGCAAGGGCCGCAUUGAUGACGAGUCUACAGGGUAUCCAAGAGUUCUGCGGCGCAUGCGAAACGCCGGGCAUCAGCUGGCCAGCCACACUUGGACUCAUCGCAACCUUAACGGUGUCAGCGAACAUGUCCAAAGAACAGAAAUGAUCUACAACGAGAUGGCCUUUCGCAACAUCUUUGGCUUCGUCCCGACAUACAUGCGUCCGCCUUUCCUGGACACCAAUCUGGAUACCAAAGAUUAUGAAAACGACGACCCUGUGCUGAUCCAAAAGUCCAAGGACAAGUUUUUCUCUAUGCAAUCGUCUGAUGAGACAGAUCACAGUUACAUCGUUCUUGCACACGACGUGCAUUAUCAGACCGUGGUGACGCUUGCCAAAUACAUGAUUGAAACCUCCAGGGAGCGAGGGUACAAGCUGGUGACAGUUGGCGAGUGCCUUGGCGAUCCUCCUGAGAACUGGUAUCGUUUGGCUCCCUCUAGGCGCGGGUUGGACACCUAUCAGGAGAUACCACCGGUAAACGACACAAAUCAGGAGUUGCCGCCUGUAAACAACGACACAAAUCCAUGGACGCCACCUGGAAACAACACAAAUCCAUGGGCGCCGCCGGAGAAUAAUACAAACCCAUGGACGCCACCGGAGAACAAUACAAAUCCAUGGACGCCGCCGAUAAACAACACCGACCCCGGCGAGACGCCAAAGCUCAAUGUCUCAACGGACCAGAGAUGUGGCGUCGAACAUGGGAACACCACUUGCAAGGACUCUCUCUUUGGUGACUGCUGUUCAUAUUUCGGUUACUGUGGAAGAAGCGAUGAUUAUUGUAUCACAAGCUGUGAUCGCAAUUUUGGAGUCUGCAAUCUUCCACUUGGCGACGACAAAGUACAGGCACCCAUUCACGAUACAACAAACGGCCUUUGCGGAAGAGCCCAUACAGCUACGUGUCUUCACUUUGGGAAAAAGAAGUGCUGUUCCCAGUGGGGCUUUUGCGGCAAUAGCGAAGAUCAUUGUCUCAAGGGAUGUCAAAAGGGCUAUGGUCUUUGCUUCACUUCAGGUAAUUUCACUGAGGUGUGA